GGUAACUGAAAGUAAUCCAGAGCAUGUUGAUCUUGAUUCGUAGUACAGACCCCUGUUCUUUGUUUUCUUUGUUUUAUGUGGUUGUGUGAUUUAGAGCAUGGCACACUUCAAAUUGUGGUUAAUUGGGUGUAAUUGGAAGGUACCAGGUCCCUAAGGAGAGCAGGGAGGAUGUGUUAAAGCAAUUGUUUACUUAGGUGUUGAUAUGGCUUUUUCCACCCCCCACAUGUCUGUAUUGGUUUGACCCGUUGGGAUAUAUACUCCAUGUCUGUUGGGAGAAAGGGGGGGGCCUGGCUUGGUGUGCUCAGACAUGUGUCGGUGUCUCUGUUGGGAACAAUAAAGAAAUAUGAAAACUGCCCACGAUUCCUCGUGCUUUGCUGGGCGGUCCCUCACAUAUGGUGGCAGCGGUGGGAUACACCAGUAGAGGGCGUGGCUGGAUUCUAUUUUUUUUUUCGUUUUUUUUCCUGGAGCCAUGAUACGUGGAGGCAAGACUGGGAGAGGGAGCCGGGCUGCUGGAGGCCGGGAACCAAGGCCAGAGCCAAACAAGCCUACUGAAGCUGAUUUAGUGGUGGAGGAUGAAGCCACUGGAAUGGUCACCAGUGCUGAGGAUGAAGAGGGGAGGGAGCCAACAAUUGCAGACUUGGCUAGUAUCCUUCGAGCCCACAUGGGGCAACAGCAUGGCCGGGAAGUCCGACUGAAACAGGAAGCGGAACGCCAAGAGCAGCGGUUCAAGGCAUUACAACAUCAGUUUGGACUUCUCCAACUGGAAGUGGAGGCUCGAACUUCUCCAGACCCCGAGCCAUGUGGGACCUCGGCGAAGGAAUGCUCAGAACAGGAUUCCUCUCAUCCCGGUGCGCAUGGGGUUCACCUAUCGCAGGGGGAACACACCAGGUCAGGUCAGUCUCGGUUCCUACCGGAGCCUAGGUUGGAGAAAUUGACAGAGUUGGAUGAUGUGGAACAUUUUCUCACUACCUUUGAACGUAUUGCAGUAGCAUGUCGGUGGCCUAGGCUGGAUUGGGCUUUUCGUCUCAUUCCCCUACUGACUGGCAAAGCCAGAAGUGCCUAUGUACAUAUGGACAUGGAUGAUGCACUUGACUAUGAAAUGGUUAAAAGUGCGAUCCUUAAAAAAUAUGAUAUAAACCCUGAGACCUACAGGCAAGGAUUCCGCUCGCUGGAGGUGGAGUCAGAGGAAAACCCUAAGGAGCUGUAUGUGCGGUUAAAAGGGCUCUAUGGGAAGUGGGUCCAGCCUAAGGGUAAAAGUGGUGAAGAGAUUGGGGAAAUUCUGAUCCUCGAACAAUUCUUGAACACGUUAUCUCCUGAGCUUCAGGUCUGGGUCAGGGAGCAUGACCCUCGAACGGCAGCUGAGGCUGCAGCACUGGCUGAUGUGUUUGUGGCGGCCCGAGGGAAGGACCAGCCAUGGAGUUUUGUUUCCUGGAAGACGGGCAGGGACCACCGACGACCCUGGUCUUCCCAGCCUGACCUAAAGUCAACUACGGAUAUGAGUACGCCAUUUGCGAAAGAGAACCGGCCAGUACAACCACCCUUUAGAGCAGACGGGGAAACCGCUAAUCUGCUAUUUGUGUGGACAAGAGGGCCACACCAAACUACGAUGCCCCCAGAGCGUAGUUAAGCUCACAAAA